AUUGAUUAAAAAGAAAAAGGAGAUUUUUCCAUCUUGCUACAUAUUACUAAUCUGUGAUUUUCCGUGAUUUUUCGUUGAUUUUUCGUAAUCAUUGAGAUACAUAAUAGAUAUUAAUAAACUUUUAUUUUAUUAUUAUUAAUUAUUGGAAUUGUUCUCAACGAGUGGUUUCAUAACCUCCUCGUCUGAAUUGUAAGCGAAGGACUCUUACUUUAUAGGUUAUGUUGUGAAUGUAAUAUCAAAAUAGCACAUGUCUACUGAAUUGUGAUAGGUUUUAUUUAAUACUGAACAUGAAGAAAUCGGCUGCAAGUGAUUCAAACACUAAGUAUAAGGAUGGAGUCAACAGAAACGCAAGGUUGAUUGUGAGGAACAUUUCUUUUAAAGCUACUGAAGAUAGUCUAAGGAAGCAUUUCUCACGAUUCGGCACCGUAGAAGAAGUGAAACUUCUCACAAGACCCGACGGGAAGCUAGUAGGUUGUGGUUUUGUUCAUUUCACGCAUGUUCCCAUGGCUAAUGAAGCAUUGGCAGCCACUAACAAAAAACCAUUUUUAGAUCGACCAAUACAUGUAACUUGGGCUGUACCGAAGCAUAAAUAUGGUGAUAAAGAGCAGAAGGAAGAGUGUGAAAGUCACUUUAAAAGUAGCCCAUCAAAAAAUGUUAUUGAAAUAAAAGAUGAAGACACAAAAGAAGAUGUUGAGACCAACCAAAAAAAUAAAACAAGAAUUAAUAGGAAUGCUCGGCUCAUAGUCCGUAAUGUGUCUUUCAAAGCUACUGAAGAAUCAUUGAUAGAACAUUUUAAAUCAUAUGGGGAAAUAAUAGAAGUGAAAUUACUCAAAAAACCAGAUGGAAAACUUGUUGGUUGUGCUUUUGUCCACUUUAAAAAUGUACCAAUGGCGAAAAAGGCAUUGUUAAAUACAAAUAUGAAACCAUUUUUAGGAAGACCUAUAUCUGUGGAUUGGGCAGUAGCCAAAGACAAGUAUAUGCAGCAUAUAGUACACCAACAGCUAGAAAUGGAGAAUGAAAUCAAAAAGGAAGAAUCUGACAGUGAUGAAGAUAGACCACCGCUAAAUAUAUCUACUGAUGAUCUGAAGCAUGAAGUAAAAAGUGAAUCAGAUCAAGGUACAGAUGAUGAAGAAGAUGAUGAUGAAAAUAGUGAUAAAUCGCAAAGUGAUGAUAACAGUGAUGCGUCUGAUGAUGAGGAUGAUGAAGUUGAUGGCGAAGAGGAGAAAGAUGAAGUAAACAAAUAUGAUCAAAGUGAAGUCAGUACUCAGGAUGAGAGGAAACGCACGAAACUGAAUGAUGCUGAAGAUGGACUGACGGUGUUUAUAAUGAAUAUUCCAUUCAGUGUGGACGAUGAUCAGUUGCGGCAAUUCGUGGAGCGAUUCGCUCCGGUUUCGUAUGCUCUUGUCUGUGUCGAUCGACUAACUGAGCAUUCGAAAGGAUCAGGAUUUGUCAAGUUCACAAAAAAAGAAGAUGCAGACAAUUUUCUUGCGUUGCCAGCUGAACAAUUGAGACUGGAAGGUCAAGUGCUGCAGGUGAAGCCGGCUCUCAAUCGCGAAAGCCUUCAAAAGACCAAUCAGAAACAGCCAAAAGACAAUCGGAACCUUUACCUCGUUAAGGAAGGUGUGAUUGUGGCCGGUACGAAGGCGGCGGAAGGCGUCUCCGCUUCCGACAUGGCGAAACGUCUCAAACUGGAGCGCAGUAAGACACAAAUGUUGAAAAACUUAAACAGGUUCGUGUCUCGUUAUCGUUUGGUGGUAUCUAACUUGCCGUCUCACUAUGACGACGCGCGUCUGCGGCGGCUGUGCGAUCGCAACGGGCAAGUGACCGAGUGCCGCGUGAUGAGAGAUCUGCGGGCGCCUCUAGCGGCUGACGGGAAACAGCCGUCGAAAGGCUAUGGUUUUGUAAUGUUCACGAAACAUGAGGAUGCACUGGCUUGUCUACGGAGAUUAAACAACAACCCUGAUAUCUUCGAUAAAAAUAAUAGACCCAUCGUCUCAUUUUCAAUAGAAGACAGAACGGCUUUAAACGCUAGAAAGAAAAGGCUAGAGAAGUCAAUAGCAAACAAUCCAGUCGCCAAGAAAACUAAUAACGCAAAUAACGAAGGAUACAACAAUAGGAAACGAAAGGGGCAACAACCUGACGAAAGCUACGUUAAAAAGAAACGAUUUGAUAAAGACCAAGAUAAAGGAAAAUGGGAAUCUAAUAACCAAGGCAGGAACACAAAUAAGAAGUGGCAAAACAGAAAUAAUCAAAACGAAGUCGGCAAGUUUGUGAGGUUACCGAAGAAUGACACUGUCGAUGAGUAUGCAGGUUUGACAGCCAAAGAAGGCACUCAGCACAAAAUGAGAAGCGGUUAUAAGUUGAAGAUGCAAGCUGAUAUACACAGAGAACACGUGAAAAUGGAAAAGAAAAAGAGUAAACACGCCUUGAGGUUGAAGAAUGCGAGACGCGAGAGGGUGAAACAGCCCAAACAGAAAAUAAAUAAGAAUCCGGGGAAGGGUAAGAGGAAGAAGUUUAAACCUAAUAAUAUUAAGGAUAUACUUAAAUAAAUGUUAUUUAAAAGACU